AAAGUGUGUUGCUAUUAAUCUUUAACAUCAUCAGAAGACCAUCCUCUGUAGUGUCAUGUGAGGAAGUGCACUUUACACUCUGCAGGAGGAGAGUAACGGCAGCACAACCAUCAAGCAGGAAGAAAAUGUUCCAGUUUGGAGGAAUAAGGUCGGAAAUGUUAACAAGCUGGUUAACCAUCACCGUCAUCCUGACUGCCUCAGCAGAUCCAGGGAGAGGCGCUCCGGGCCAAAGCUCUCUGACUGUUGCCCCCACCUGCAGGAUAAACGGUCACCCACAGGCAGAGCUGACGUUGGGCUGUGGUGAUGGAGAGAAGACGGGUAAAGUCCAGCGGUGGCACACUCCCUUUGGAGACCUGCAGACCUCUGGGGUCCACGCCGGACUGGACCCUGUGUUCAUGAACCAGGACGGGAGUCUGGUCAUCCCCAACUCCAGCCUCCUCCACAGCGGCCUGUACUACUGCCUCCUGCAGCACACGGAGGGCACGGCGCUGUGGCCGUACGAGCUCCACGUCGACUUCCACCCAGAGCUCGAAGACUUUGAGCAAGGCAGCAGCUGUGCUGCUCUCAGAGUGAGGAGGAACACGGGCUUCGCAGAGGAGGCGGAGGUCUCGGAUGAGGUGUUUGCAGGAGCCGUGUCCGCCUCCGUGGUGCUGACCUUCGUGCUGGGCUUCAGUGCAGGAGCUCUGAACAGGAACGGCGUCCUCAGGUGUUUACAGGCAGUGUCGAGGAGGCUGUGUUCAUGCAGGAGAAGGAGAAGCGGCACGCCGGACGGCGGCCCACAGUUUAACAUGUCCACCGUCCCGUCCGCGCACCAGCGGUCCUCGGACAGUGAAGGCGAGACAGCCAGCGGCUCUGCAAACCCCGACAUGGACCGAACCAUCUCCUCAACGAACUCCCCCCCUCCUCCGGUCAAACCUCGGAGAAGCUUCCAGCUCCAUCUGGACCAGAAGAAUUCAGGCGCCGCUUACUUAGAGGGCUGUGAAUUCAUUAAGGUGAAGAACAAAAAGUCAGAAAGACGUGUGGAGGAAAUCGAGGAGAAUGAUGAGGAGGUGAAGGAGGAGGAGUGCCCAUCAGACGGUGGUGGGAGUGUAAGUGAAACAGAAGACGGAUGCAGUGAGGAAAAGGAGGAGGGGAUGGAUGAAGAUGCUGCUGCACACGAACGAUGUUUGGAGGAAGAACAUCAAGAUGAAGAAAGCGGCGGAGAGUCGGGGCGGUCCCGCACAGAAUCAGAAGAUGAAAGGAGCAGUAAAAACGAGGAGACAACAACAGACGUGACAGAAGAGGCGUCCGCUCGCCGCCGCGUCAUCCGUCUCUACCAAUACGAUGACGACGGUCAAAAGUACGGCCACCUUCCAAACACCAGCGGUGAAGACGCAGGUCCCGCCCCCAGGCUCAAACAGCGCUCUUUGUCUCUAACGCGGCUCAACGCCAUCAUGGCUGCGGCAUCGGCCGGACCGCUGGACAACAGGGAGGACAGCGAGGAAACGCCACGCUUCCAAAUGGACAUCUGACGAAGCGGACUCAUGGGAACGCUGUGGAAGGAGGAUCCUCAGAGCAUCAGGAAUACUUCUGCACUUUAUGUAAUAAACUCACCUGUUCACUA